AUUCUCGCCUGGCAACGUCGUUUGCAAAUACGACAGACGCUGCUUUUUGCGUGCGCCUGGUAGGAAAAAUAUAUGUUUCAAUUUUGUCAAAAUAUUGAGAAACGGCGUAUAACCAAUUUUGUGGCGCAACGGCUCGAAUCACAGUUAAUCCCAACACACAGCAGUUGAUUGCAGCAGCAGCGUAAUGGCCGAGUAUUUGGCAUCAAUUUUUGGCACAGAAAAGGACAAAGUCAACUGCUCGUUUUAUUUUAAAAUUGGCGCCUGCCGGCAUGGCGAUCGCUGCUCUCGCAUACACAAUAAGCCUACAUUUUCGCAAACGGUGCUGCUGCAGAACCUCUACGUUAAUCCCCAAAAUUCAGCCAAAUCGGCGGAUGGCUCACAUUUGGUUGCGAACGUCUCCGAUGAGGAAAUGCAGGAGCAUUAUGACAACUUCUUCGAGGACGUCUUCGUCGAGUGCGAGGACAAGUAUGGCGAAAUCGAAGAGAUGAAUGUCUGCGACAAUUUAGGCGAUCAUUUAGUGGGCAAUGUGUACAUCAAAUUCCGCAAUGAAGCCGAUGCCGACAAGGCGGCGAAUGAUUUAAACAAUCGCUGGUUUGGCGGUCGCCCCGUCUACUCGGAACUGUCGCCAGUCACCGAUUUCCGUGAGGCCUGCUGCAGACAAUAUGAGAUGGGCGAAUGCACACGCUCCGGCUUCUGCAAUUUCAUGCACCUUAAGCCCAUUUCCCGGGAGUUGCGACGAUACUUGUAUUCGCGCCGGCGACGUAAUCGCUCAAGGUCUCGUUCCGGUGGCCCAAGGCGUCGGUCGCGCAGCCGCUCGCGUUCGCCACGACGACGACGUGAGGAUCGUGGCAUUGGCGGCGGUACAGAUCGUGGUGAGCGCGGCAUUGUCGGUGGCACAGAUCGUGGUGGGGAGCGUGGCAUUGGCGGCGGCACGGAUCGAGGCGAUCGCAAUAAUGAUCGUGAUGGCAACGAUCGGGAUCGACGCAAAGGAGGUGGUGGUGGAGGCGGUGGCGGCGGCGGAAGAUAUUAAAGUGGCUAUUCUGACUAUUGGAAUUGCAUUCAAUUUUGGAUGGUUUUUCCAAGCGAGAGAAACGGACAAAACAAAAUUGUGUGUGUACGCCAAGCAGCAAACGUGUAUUUCUCACUCGCCUCAUCUUUUGAUUUUGUUUUUUAUAUAUAUAUUAAUAUAUUAUAUGAUUUAGAGAAAGAAAGAAGGGGUGUCCUCCACACCACAUCAUAUAUUUGUAUUGUACAAACCACCCGAAAAAAUACACUAUGUGAGU